GAAGAGACAAUGCAGUUUUUAAUUAAGGUAACAACGAGAAUCUUCACCAGUAGGGAAAACAGACCGUGUCGUUUUGUUACCUAUGGUUUUCCUUCCAUGUGUUACUUUUGACAAACAAGUUAAUUUUUCUCCACUGUAAGUGUCCGUAAAAAGGGGAAACUGUCAAAUGAUAAUAUGAGGCUGAGACCAAACGUGAAUGUCUGUAAACAUCAUAAAAGCAAAGUGCUAUUUACCAAAGUCCUGUUACUGCCCAUCCAUGUGGUGCUUUCUAAGCACAAGGGCAGCACAUCUCUCAGCCGUAUAGAAAUUGCCAUCGCUUCACUGAAGCCGGUUGUGAGCUGUAAGUUCACAGCAGUUGAGGCUCUGUCCUCCAGAGAGAAGAAAAAUCAAAACCUACCCUCUCUAAAGUUCGUGAUGUGCAAUAAAAUAAAGACAAGAUACGAGUAUGUAGGUGAGAGUUAAAUGGAUUUUGACUUUGAAGGAGGGAUGUGAAAUUAAAAAAAAAAAAAAAGGCAGAUUAUUAUAGGUAAAUGACUUAGUAACUCCCCGUUUUUAAUUUCUAAACUAUUAUCAAAGAAUUGUCAAUAUGACAACUUGAAAUACCUAGCAAUUUUUAUCAUCAUUUUAAUUGUAGAUCUCAAUUAUUUUCUAAGAAAGGUAACUACUGUUAUUUUUAUCUGAAGGAAGGGGAAAUGGAGAGGUGUGAUAAUGUGCUAUAAAGGAGCCAGGAAUAAUUUGAAGAACUUGUCUCAUCUUUGCUCCCUUAAGUAGCAUGUGUUUCUGUGGCUUAUUUAGAAAUAGGUCUAGCUGCAAAGUUCAACUCCAGACUGUGCCCUUCUCUAGUGGUAGAGGGUAUUUACAUCUGGAGCUCUAAUUUUAAACCUAUACUGUUUUAUAAAUGACUUGCUGGCAGCCAGGCUAACUUCCUACUGUUCACACAGAUGCAAGCCGUCACUACAAGUAGCCCAGCUUGCACUGAUUUGAAGCAGGGCAGGCCCUCAGGAAAACAGCAGCACAGGUAAAAGGAGCUGACCACAAGGCAGUGUGCAAGUUGUGUGGAUGGGAGAAUGGUGUAUACACUGUUCUGUGGUUGUUACUGGUCCCAAAAUAAUGAUUUAUAAAGUGUCUGACAAAUCAGAUGAAUGGGACUUGCUUAAUGCAAACUGGAAAAUAUCUUUCAGCUACUGCCAAAACCCAUGGAAAGGGUAACUCAUGCUUUGUAGAUCAUUAGGACACUUGGGACCUACUGGAGUGUACUGCGAAAGGCAUUACUCAAAGUUCAGAUUGAAAAAUUUCUUCAGAAACAGCUAACAACUUUGUAGGGGUAAUGCAAGCAUAAAAAUCAUCAUUCCUAGUACUGCCUUGGGAUGAGUAUGUGCCAAAGGAAACGGGGGAGAGAAGCUUUCCAUGCUGGAAGAUGAGACUCUGCUCCUGUGCUCUGUAAGUAGGAGAGCAGCCAUCAAACUGAUGAACAGUUGUUCCUCCUGAACUGGCAGCUAUUCCAGGCAGCAUACAUAAAACUCUAGAAGGCUUUGUUUUAUAAAUAUACGCAAGUAGAAAGGAGGAAGUCCAUAACUGAUAACAAUCUAGACAGUGGAAUAAUACAGAUUCUGUGUGAUGGAAGAUGCAGGAAAAACCAUGAUGGAAGUGGAGGAAUAGGAUUUCUUCCAACAGAAAUGGGAGAAAUUCCUUAAACAUGCAUUUACAUAGUCCAUAAAAAGUCUAAAGAAGGAAAAGGGCAAGCUGCUUGUGCUUUAAUCCAUAAGGGAAGCCCAAGGUAUGGCCUUCAGAUUGGCUUUUGUCUCUUCCCUGUUGUUUCCUCAUCAAGUAAGAGGGAUCACAGGCAUCUGGAGGCAGGCAUUGGUGCCGCUCUCUGAGAAGUAACAGAUGAAAGUGCAGCUUGUUGACUUCCCUAGGAUUUGGGUAUCAGAUGGCAGUCAUUUCAGAUAUUGCCUGCUAUCACUUGGGACUUUAUCCAUGCUUUUCACCUGCAAUAUGGAGCCUCUGUCUGAGGUUUUGCUGGGUUUGAUUCUGGCGGUAGCUUCAUCAGCACAGAACAACGGUGGUACCUGUGCAACCAACAAGUGGGUGGUAUGUGCGCAGGACGGAUCUGGGAACCGCACCUGCACGCUGGUAUGUUCAAAUCACAAGGUAGACUGUUCAACACUGACUUCAGAAUGCUUGCUGAUGAAGGCAGAAAUGAUCCCCCUGAAGGAGAAGCACUUCUGGGACCAUCCCCAUGGGCUGUUAGAUAAUGAUGGCAUUUACAAUCCAGACUGUGAGAACAGUGGUAUCUUCAAAGCCAGGCAGUGCAAUCAAACCAGUACUUGCUGGUGUGUGGACACUGCUGGAGUAAGAAGAACCAAAAAGGGUGACAAAAGUUUGAGUUGCAGUGAACUGUUUAGAACAAGCUGGAUCUACAUUGAACUGAAGCACAAAAAAAGGUCCAGUGCCUUUGAUGUUCCCGAUCUAGCAAAUGCCCUGAAACAUCUGUUUGAGAGCUGACACAAACUGCAUCCCAGGUACAUUGCAGCCGUUAAGUAUGAUUCCCCAGUUAUCCAAAUCCGCCUGAACCAGAAUGACUCUGAGAAAUCUAGGUGUGAUGUAGAUAAAGCUGAUGUAGCCUAUUACUUUGAAAAAGAUGUAAAAGAUGACUCCCUAUUUCAUUCUAACAGUACAUUAACUAUCUCUGUCAAUAGAGAUGCUCUGGAUAUUGAAAAAAUAACAAUUUACUAUGUUGAUGAAAAGCCACCAGAGUUUUGUAUGAGACAACUGGUUGCUGGCGUUAGUGCUGCGGUGACAGUGGUGAUACUGACUGCUGACUUUGGUGUCACUGUGCUGGUUAUUCUGAGGUGGCUGCGGACGAGAAAAUAUGAGAAAGUUGAGAUUAAGGAAAUGGGUGAAAUAAAAGCACCGAGCUUACAGCUGCCCUGAUCUGAAAAAAGAAAGGCAUCUGAAAAAAGAAAGGCAACAACAGGAGGGGGAAAAAAAAAAAAAGGCACAAAAUACAAGUAGCAAACAGACUCAGUGUAUGUGGAUGGAUUUGGAGAGCCUUUUUCCUUUCUACAGGAAUUUGUACAGUGAUGGUUCUAAAUUAUUCUAGUUGAGUAAGAAUGAC